GCGCACGAUAUGUUUUCAAGGCUCUCUCACUUUCACUGGUUGCUCAGGUUUCUUAUAUUGGGCCUGCAUUGGAUUUCACUUAAGCCUGUUUACAAUCGUUCACCUCUCACAUUGACCAAGCCAUCCUCCCCUACAUAAAUGGCUCUACAGUUGGGUUUCUUUCAUCCUUCCCUUCAAUCGUCUCCAAAGAUCACAUACCAUAUCCAGCGCCGCGCAAAUACCAACCAUCUCUCCAUUCGACAUGUGCCUAUACAACACCUUCCCAUGCGUCUCUCACGACGCUGAGGCGCUCCAUCGAACACUAUUCGAGGAGAACAAUGCCGGUGCUGCCUUUCAAGUUUUUCGAUGCAAGUGGUACUACUGUGCCAACCUGAACCUCAAGGCAGGUUCGAAGCUCUUAUGUGAUCAUCCAGCACGGGAUCAAGAAGUUGCAGAUCCAAGAGCACUCACAGAUAUACAAAGCUGUGUUGGAGAACGAGGUCAUCGACCACGGCUGCAAGAAUUGUUGGGUCAUGCGGUUUGGGCGGAGACACUCGGCGACGAAGAGGAAGAGGCACCGUCUAUGAAUCCAUCGUCAGCGACAAACGAGGACGAACAAGACUUGAUGAUCCAAGAGAAAGGAAAGAGAAAGAGAGGCUGCUCCGAGAUCUCCAUUCCGCCGCCCCACUGGGCAAACAAGUCGAGGAAGGUCUGCAAGAGUGACGUGGCGUCGUCUUCAGGUUUGGUGGAGACGGAUUCAGAACCGGAGGAGGACCGAGAGGAUGUCGAGAGUGAAUUAGACCAGGAAGAGAUGGACUUGAGACGAGCGUGUCAAGAAAGCAUGGAGCUGUUUGAGCGUGAGCACAAGGGAAAGGGAAAAGAGAAGGAGGGGCCAGCACAAUCGUCGUCCGCGGUGGAUGUUGACGAGGUCGAAGACGCAGAACUCGAAUGGGCCCUUCGAGCGAGUAUCGAGGAGCAAGAGGCCACCAAGAAGUCGCGCCGGUCAGCCGUGGACAAGUACAUGACAUUCGGAUCCGGAGGGGAAAGUUCGAAGAGCGUCAUGGUCCGCGAACAGAAUGUCACCCCGCCGAAUUCACAAAAGAGCGUCGAUGCCACCGUGGCUGAACGCGCCGGAUCGGCACCCAAGGGGUACGAAUACGACAUUGUGACAUUGCUCAAGGAAAAGGCGGAGUGGCAGUUGGAAAAGUCGGCGUUGGUGACCGAGAAUGCAAAGGUGCUUCGGACCAACGUUGCUCACGUGGAGCGAGAAAGGGAAUUGAUGCGACGCGUCAGGGACUUGGAAGAAUUGUGUUUUCCUACUCAAGACGAAGAUGCAAAUGUGGCGGAAAAUGAGGAGAAUGCCGAAUAG